AUGAUAGGUUCUUAGGAGCUAAUGAACGAAAGAGGAGACUAAAAAAAACUAGAAAGUAAAAAUAAAUUACUUUUUGAGUAAAGAACAGGUUAUAUCAAAGAUUAUUAGCAUAAUUUAUCUAGCGAUCUUGAAAGCUAUAAUAAUUUAGAACUAGAAGCUAGUAAUGUAAAUAAUAAUAAUGAUGUUGAUAUUAAAUUUAAUCCUACUACAUUUUUUGUAAUUUUCGUGCUUCAAUACAUAACUUAUCUUGUAUAUGUAGUUUUUAUUCCUUUUAUCGUUUAUAAAGAUAAUUUCAUUAAUAGUGACUUGGCUUAUUUAAAAGAAAAGACAUGGGCAUGGAUUUGCUUGUGGAGCUACUCAAUUAGAUUACAAUAAUAAAAUAGAGUUCUAAAUGUCUGA